UCGAUGGGGGUGAGAGGGAGGCUGGAGUGUGGGGUAGGCCUGGCCCGGCUGGGGCAGAGGAGGAGAGGACAGUCGUCAGGGACCCACAGGGAGGGGAGGAGGAAGCAGCGGCGGGGCACUUCCCAAGGAGGAAACGGUGCUGGAUUUUCCCCAGGUGUGGCUGAGGUAUAAAGGGCGCUGCAAGCCAGCCUCAGCCAGGUCCGCCACCAGGUGCACCCCAGGACUAUAGCCAGGUGUGUUCCAGACGGCCACCAGGUGGACACCAGCUGCUGCCACUGUGAUGCUCCUCCCUAGCCUCCUGCUUCUGCUCUGGCUUCCUGCCAGCCUGGCCCGCCACCGACACCCACUCUGGGGAGUUCCCCACACCCACACGCAUGAGACCCCACGCUGCUACUCAGCCGAGGAGCUGUCCCUGGGUCAGGUCCCAGCACACCUGCUGGCUCGAGCUGCCAAGUGGGAGCAGGCUUUGCCAGUAGCCCUAGUGUCCAGCCUAGAGAUGGCGGGCCGCAGGAGGCGAACCGAGGAGCCCCCCGCUGGGACCCAGUGCCCAGUGCUGCGGCCCGAGGAGGUGUUAGAAGCCGACAUCCACCAGCGCUCCAUCUCUCCCUGGAGAUACCGCGUGGACACAGACGAGAGCCGCUACCCGCAGAAGCUGGCUGUUGCUGAGUGCCUGUGCAAGGGCUGCAUCAGCACCAGGACAGGACGUGAGACGGCUGCGCUCAACUCUGUCCCGCUGCACCAGAGCCUGUUGGUGCUGCGCCGCCAGCCCUGUUCUCGGGACGCCUCGGGGACACCCACACCUGGAGCCUUCACCUUCCAUGCUGAGUCCAUCCGCGUGCCCAUUGGCUGCACCUGCGUCCUGCCCAGGGUGGUAUGAUGACUGCCAGCUUCAGCUGUCCUCCUCCCCACGUGCCAUGGGCGGGGAUCACCUCCCAGACUGGACAGUGGGGAUCUCUCUGUGGAGAGGGCCCCUCCUAUUUAUGUGUAUUUAUUGGUUAUUUAUAUGCCCUGAGUGACCCUGUUUCUGCUGCCCGGGCUUCCUGAGCAGGUACAGGGGCUCCAGGCCUCUGGUUUAAGAACAGUAGAGAGCGGACACUGGACGGGCCAGGCAACCGUGUGCUGGUCAGGCCCCAUCUGGACACUCAGUUACCGUUUCACAAAAACAGACAGUGAGUCUAGAAGGAACCUUGUUCUUCUUCAGGAACUUCUUCAAACAGAAAGGGUGUUCUGACAGCCCCCACCUCGGUAGUCCCCCUGGGCUUCCCUCGCCCUCUCACUGGUCUCAGGCUGGUCCAGGCCACCCCAAGCUCCCUCUUCCCA